AUGCAACGCUCAAGUUCGACUUUAUUCCGCUCUUUGCUCCGACAAAGAAAUAUUGCUCAACCAACACGUCGGUUUGCAUCUAAGCAGACACCUAGUCCAGCUCCAUCAUCACCUCCAACACCACCUCCUGAGCCAGAAUAUGACUUCGAGCACCUACCACCAGUAAAACCACGCUUGGUCACGAUUUCCAACACACUCAGAUGGAUUCUCAUUCCUGGUGUUCUCGGGUACGCCGUGUUCGUCUACGACUUUGGGCCACAGGACCAUGUAUUCCGACCACCUCGAAGAUGGUUGCAGACACAGAUAGAUGCAUUCUGGACAUUGUCUCCCGCUGAACAGAAGCUCUUGAACGCGGACGCCACAGACGGAUCUACUUCUUUCCAAGAAGAAUUAAAACAGGCAGAGAAGCCAGCACCUCCAUAGUUCCAGUUUAGAAUCGGUAUUGCUUGGUUUACUUUGCCGCAUUGCGAACUGUGCGAAGAGCGCUUGUGGACGUGUGGUCUGUGUAGACGGUGGAAGUGAUAUGUGUGUGGCUCUGGACUAUGGGUGUCCGGGAAAAGAAUGGUGAUAAAGUGCAUAUAAUCUCAGGAUCGAAUACCUGCUAGACGUCGUUUCUGUACCGUGAUACCGGUUCCAACACAUUCAUUACGCUUCCAAGUAAUAUAUUCCAUCGAAGUGGC